GCCAGCAAACCGGACUGAACGUCACAUUCCUGCAUUCCCUUUUUCCUCAGACUGGGACGUCGGAGUUAGCUACCACUAGAUAGCUAAUCCUCUUCCCCAGUUCUCUUUUUUGAGAUACGCACCCAUGACACGGCGGAUUUGAUCCCAGGAGGUGAUCCCGAGUUCCCCAGGAGUCAGAAUCUCUUUUCGGGUCACUUUCCUCCCUCCCUUCCCCUUUUCCCCCUUCCACCCGUCACAGCGCCGGUCGCCAUGGAGAACUCUUCGGUGGCGUCCGCAUCAUCCGAGGCUGGCAGCACGCGCUCACAGGAGAUCGAAGAGCUGGAGCGCUUCAUAGACAGCUAUGUGCUGGAGUACCAGGUGCAGGGGCUUCUGGGAGACAAGGCAGAUGGAGACUUGGACUUGGACAAUGGUGGCAAGGUGCCACAGUGGACGGAUGACUGUAACAACAAGAAAGAUGGCAGCUGGACGUCUUCGCGCGGGAGAGGCUCAUUCAAGCCAGACGAAUGGGAACAUAGCAGUAAUGGCAGUACGGGUUCCAGGCCCAGUUCAGGUUCUAGACCAGGAUCUGGCUCACGGUCCGGCAGCAGAGGCAGAAACAACCAGUUCAAAGGCCCUGCCAAGAAUGGGAACAGAGAUGGCUCCUUUGACAUCCUGGGGACAGACAUAUGGGCUGCCAACACAAUGGACUCACACGGAGGUGCAGGUUGGGACGUGCAGCCAGAGAAGCUCGACUUCAGCCAUUUCCACAGGAAACACUUAAGAGGAACGCCCAAGCACCUGCCGCACAUUGACAGAGAGGGGAUGAACAAGAACAGAUUUGAGGAAGAUGAUGGCAUAGACAUGAAUGACAUAGAAAGGUUCCUACCCCAUCUGCGCUCUGUCUUCCCACCCCUUCCUAAUGAGGCCGAAAUCGCACACACCAAGAAGCUCUUCCGACGCAGGAGGAGUGACCGACGAACGGUUGAUCAGUUCACCCGAGACCAGUUAACCAUACUUCUGCCCGCUGGCCCUGGGGGAAAGCGACAAGUCUCAGCCAGGAGACAGCAGCGGCUUCAGGGAGGAGGAGGCGGUGGAGGGAAGAAUCAACCUCAGCUGAUACAACAACAGCAACAAUCACCUCAGCACCAGAGGGAUCAAACCCAACAAGAGUCACCAAACCAACAGCAGCAGAAUUUAACAGAACUGGGAGAUAACCGAAACAAUAGUGCUGGUCGGCCGCCUCGUCAGUAUCAAGGAGGACAUGGGCAGCGCCAAGGAGGACCAGCACACCACGGAUAUAGCCAGAACCGGCGUUGGCACCACAAUCAGAAAGGUCAGGGCCAUGGACAGACAAACCCUACAGGUGAUAAAGGAAUGCCCCAAAGAACAACCAAAGACAAAGAGACUGAGAUUGUGAAACUGGGUGACGAGCAGAUCAGACCACUUCAAGACUUCGACAGCAAGAGUCCCAACGAAUCACCCCAUUCUGAGUCAACACUCACCACCAAUGUUUUCCCAGAUCUCACAGUUAACAAGGAAUCUCCAGUAGGCAGUGGGAAAGCAAGCGAAGGCCAACCACAGCAGCCCAAAAUCAGCUUGCUGCAGUCGUCAAAGGAGAGGCUGAGGAGGAGACUAAAGGACAAGGAGGAGGCACAUGUGGCGGCGUCGGGCUCCGGAUCAAAGAGCAUGGACCGGCUGGUGGAGCUUCUGAACAGCAUGAGGAGCAACAGCAGCGGGGUGGAGCAGCAGCUGGCCUCCUUCAUGGAGGAGGCACAGUGUUCGGCGCGCUCUGAGGAGACCCUGGCUCAGGUGGUCAGCACCAUCUACUCGAAGGCCGUGUCAGACAGGAGCUUCGCCGCCACUGCCGCCAAGCUCUGCGACAAGAUGGCGCUGUUCAUGGUGGAGGGGACCAAGUUCAGAUCGCUGCUUCUCAACAUGCUGCAGCGGGACUUCUCCCGUCGAGAGGAGCUGCAGCAGUCUGAUGUGGAGAGGUGGUUAGGUUUCAUCACCUUCUUGUGUGAGGUGUUUGGUACCAUGAGGAGCAGCUCCGGGGAGCCAUUCAGGGUGCUGGUUUGUCCCAUCUACACCUGCCUGCGAGAGUUGUUAGAGUCCUCAGAUGUUAAGGAAGAUGCAGUCCUCUGCUGUUCUAUGGAGUUGCAGAGCAUGGGGCGUCUCCUGGAAGAGCAGCUCCCAGAGAUGAUGACGGAGCUUCUAGCAGCCGUCCGGGACAAGAUGCUUUGUCCGGUCGAGUCGCCGCUGACCCGCUCUCUCCUCAUGGAGGUCAUCGAGCUGCAUGCACACCGCUGGAGCCCCCUCGAGGCUCUCACCACACAGUACUACAACCGUACCAUCCAAAAGCUCACCACCACUGCCUAGGUGCCAGCUCUGCCAGGAGGAGAGGAGACAAGCCCCCGAUUCCCCACAGCAACGUUUUCGCCCAUGGGAAAACAUUUUCCAGAGGGGCAUCAGUGUUCUCGUCUAGUUUUACCAAAACACGGGAAUUUUAUACUGACGUCACUCUCUUACCUAAAUAAAUACGUGGCUUUAAGCGGUUA